GCCCAAACAGUCCCGUCACCCGCAGGUGGACGUUGGGGGAUUGGUGAGGCAGUUGUGGAAAUACAUGGAGAGGCCUUAAAAGUUAAAAGGGUGUCUGUGAAAAUCACAAAUUUGAAGCCUUUUUAGUUCAUUACUAUGAUAAUGGGGAAGAAGCUGAAGAAAAUUGCAAGUGUUUUGGAUUGUUUCAGUAGUGCUUCUUCAUGUAGCUCUUGUUUUUGCAUAAACUCCAUGGAAGAUCAGCAAGAAGAUGAGUUUGAUAAAGAACCGCUCAUGCCUUUGCCUACCCACAACCAGAAGGAGCAGUCGCUGAGAUUGAAGGACCUUGUCAAUGGAAACCAAACCUUAGCCUUCCAACUUAAGCCCAAGAUGGUGAUGUUGAGGGUGUCCAUGCACUGUAGAGGCUGUGCAAGAAAAGUGGAGAAGCACAUUUCAAAGAUGGAAGGAGUGAGCUCGUACACAAUAGACUUGGAGACGAAAAUGGUGAUUAUUAUUGGAGACAUUCUGCCUUUUGAAGUGGUGGAGAGCGUCUCCAAAGUCAAAAACGCACAGCUCUGGCAAUCUUCUCUAGCUUGACCAUUAUUAUUAUUUGCAUAUGAGCAAAUAAUUAAUAUUAUUUAUUGUAACAUCAAUUAGAAAUGUGUACAUCGUUCUAAAACAGAGGGAUUCGAAUUGGCAGAGAAUAUUUAAUAUUAUAUUGUGUGUAAUUUCGUGUUUUUAA